GGCGCGAUGCACAUACAAGCUGGUAUCGUAAUACGACUAAAUAAUAAAACCAACGAAGAAGAAGAAGAAGCCGAGCAUCACAACAACACUGCUAGCUCCGUUAGCUCGAAGGAAAAGCGAACUUUAUUUUUUCUUCUGGUUUGGGACAUAUUAACAGGUACGCUGGAAUUUUCUGAUACCCACUCGGACAUGUCCUAUGUCUUCAUCAACGACUCGUCGCAGACCAACGUGCCUCUGCUGCAGGCCUGCAUUGAUGGAGACCUGCCGUUCGCCAAGAGGCUCCUCGAGACGGGAUGUGACCCCAACAUCCGUGACAACCGCGGCCGCACCGGCCUGCACCUAGCCGCUGCCCGGGGGAACGUGGACAUCUGCCGCCUCCUGCACAAGUUCGGGGCCGAUCUGUUGGCGACGGAUUAUCAAGGGAACACGGCGCUGCAUCUGUGUGGACACGUGGACACUAUACAGUUCCUGGUGUCCAACGGGCUGAAGAUCGAUAUCUGUAACCACAAUGGCUCGACCCCACUGGUGCUGGCGAAGAGACGUGGCGUCAACAAGGACGCCAUUCGUCUGCUGGAAGGCCUGGAGGAGCAGGAGGUGAAGGGCUUCAACAGAGGACCACACUCCAAACUGGAGACCAUGCAGAUGGCUGACAGUGAGAGCGCAAUGGAGAGCCACUCUUUACUCAACCCCAACCUGCAGAGCAGCGAGGGCGUCCUCUCCAGCUUCAGGACCACCUGGCAGGAGUUUGUGGAGGAUCUGGGCUUCUGGAGGGUCCUGCUGCUGCUCGUCGUCAUCGCCCUCCUCUCACUGGGCAUCGCCUACUACGUCAGCGGCGUCCUGCCUUUCUCCACCAGCCAGCUGGAGCUGGUGCACUGAAGGGACAGGAUGGUGAAGAAGAAGGAGAAGCAUGGGGUAGAAAAAUUUAAGAAGUGAAGUUCUUGCUAACGGCUGUGUUUGUACCAGAACAGAAAUUCCAGAUUUUUGUUUAUUUGCAGCCCAGAUCUCUUCAUUUAUUCGGUUUGUCUCGACAGCAAAACAUCAUCUCGUGUUAUUGGUAGAAAAGAAGUGAAACAAGAACAAAACCCACUGUUUCGAUUAGAAAAAAGGUCUCCUACUAAUUGUGAGAACAUGUUGGUCUAACAUAUCCCCCUUUUAAAAAUGAGAUCACGGUUGAAGCUACUAAAGAGAGAGUACUGACUCGGAGUGAGAAAACGUGUCACUUGUUGACAUUUCCUUGUGUAACACCUUUAUAUUUCCGUCUUUGUUCUGUUACAAGCUGUAUAUUGCCAACAUUUUUUUGUAUCCUUUAUUUUCUUAUCCGUCUGUUGUGACGCUGUUAUUUAUCAAAUGUCCUCUGUAUUAAUUUUUUUCCUGCAUAUACAUGUAUGUUUUAUUCUUCCAAACCUUUUUGAGUUUGUCAUUUAAUCGAUCUCUUAUUCCCCCCGACUGAAUCUGUUGAGUUGCGAUAGCCGAAUGUUUGCAUCAUGCAGGAGAUCGUCGUUUCGUCUGCUUCCACCCGGAUUAGAAAAGCACCUCGACUGUGUUGCCUUCUUCUUUGGGAGACCGCUUCAUGUUUCACUGCAGCAGCUCUUUUUAAGACAUUCCCGCCCAAGAAGCAUGCGGCUUUUGAUGCGUUCAGACCCACCGUGGCGUCGGCACAGCGCCCCUAAACUGUAGGGUUACUAUCCCGUCAACGAUUUAUAUUGUUUUUGUUGUAUUGUUCAUUUUAUCUCCAUGUAGAUUUUUUUUUAUUUGUCGUUGGUUUUCCACUGCUGAUUGUCAGUGUACAAUAACACAUUCAAAGUGAAAAAAAAAAUCCUUAUUUAAUGUGGGAAAUGAAUAAACUGAUGUGUAUGUAUGAUUCUAAUCAACAAGA